UGUACCUCCACUGAGCUGUGGUAUACAGCCCCGUAUACAGCACACACUCGAGGCUCCGCGACUCUACCGCUCUCAGCACUCUGACUUCCAACCUCAACAACGGUCAUCUACCCAAGAUCCUGCUCCUCACAUGAGCCUGCAGUCAAUCCUCUGGAUGCUCGUUCGACACGGCCAGAAGUUCAUGGUAUACCCGUCUGCUUACGAGCCCAAGCCGCGUAGCAUAUUCCUCCCCUCCGAGCUCGGUCUCGCAUACACGAACCUCGAGCUGCGCACGUCCGACAAAGUCAAACUCAGAUGCUUCUUCCUGCGGUACGCCGACCAGUCCGCGGCACGAAUACGUCAGUGCACACACGAGGACAUCAUUGAGGACGAGGCGCCGCCGGAUUUCCCUAAUACGGGGCAGCUCUCUGCUGGCACGGUUGUCGUGUUCCAUGGGAACGGGAUGAAUUGCGGGGAUAUGAGCUUCGCAGCGAAACGGUUCUUAUUCGGUGGAUGUGAUGUGCUCAUCGUGUCUUAUCGAGGGUACGCAGAAUCUGAAGGCAGCCCACACGAGAAGGGCCUGCGGCUCGAUGCGCAAGCUGCAUUGGACCACGUUCUCGCUCAGCCAGACCUCGCCAAAAGGCCCAUUAUCCUCUAUGGCACAUCUCUCGGCGGAGCCGUCGCCAUCGACCUCGCAAGUCGCAAUCCCGAGACCGUCUCUGCGAUCAUCGUCGAAAACACGUUUCUCUCCCUCCCUCGCGUCGUACGCGACUGGCCGGUCAUCGGGCCCUUCUCAUUCCUGUGCUUCCAGCGCUGGGACUCGGCAUCCAAGAUCAAACGAAUUCCGCGCAGCACACCCAUCUUGAUGCUCAGCGGCGCUCAAGAUGAGAUCGUGCCCCCGAAGCACAUGUCGGCGCUGUGGGGUCUGGCGCAAAAACGGGGUCCCCAGGGCUCGCAGAAGGAGUGUGACCGAUUCGAGUCGUUCGAGGAGGGCUGUCAUCCGGAUACUUUCACAUGUCCGGGCUAUUGGGAGAAAGUGGGCGAGUUUCUGCGGGUCGUGAGUGACAAGCACGGGACUCGAUGAUCUCUAGAUCGUCAUGUCUCCAAGCCCGAGGCUCAAGCCUUGAUGAUGGAUGUCACUUUCGAUUUUGCACAUACUAGUCAGCGUGGAUCGGUGGGAAGCAAUGUAGAAUUCUCGGCGGGCAAGUCAGAUUGUGGAGAGUGUUCUAUAUUUGGGGUUACCGGGGACACAUUGGGUCUUGAGCACGGAAUCUGCCGGAAAGACCAGGGUAUCUACUAGAUAUCGUGGAAGCAGUCAUUAGCGAGACGAUGCGGCUCCAGACUCUAUGCUUCAGGCUCAGCGGUUUCGAACGUGAAUGAGAAGAGACACCAACUUCACCUGGCUCAGAAUGAGUCCAAUUCGCUAAUUCGUGCAAAGUUUGUCAACAUGCUCAAGAGAGAAGCGUAGAAAACGAGAUUCUCAAAGUACAGAAUGGGCGCCUUCACGUCAGAAGGACAUUUCAAAGUGAAAUGACCGUUUCUAAUCCAUUCAAGUCUGCAAAGUGGACGUGAAUGAGUGGCGAUCCUUGCUUUUCACGAGGUGCCAGCAAAAGUUGCUUUUUGGACUUGUUUGGAAAAAGGAAAUACAUCGUGUCCACUACAUUUCUCAUGUCCCUGGGUGUUUUUCUUCAAGGAAAGAAACAUUUACGCUGUCGUUGAGAUUUUAGUAUCUUGUCGUGAAUAUUUUUAGAUUUGUAAACUUUGC